GACCGCCACAACGGACCACCCAUACAAGGACACGUGGACAUCUAGCAUAGGCAUAGGCACUAGCCGAUGACGUCACAAGCUCCGCGCAUCGCCUGGGGGCAUGGCACACCCACGGGGAGAAAAAACACGCUCUAAAAGCCCAAGCUAAGCAGAAGGCGUCGCGCACAGUCAAAACAAUCGAGCGCAAUCGUCAAAACCACCAGCCCCGAAAAUCGCGAAGAUCAAGUAAACCCGAGUCAAUCGCGCGCGUCGCGCGCAGUCGAAGCAAUCGCGCGCAAUCGUCAAAACCACCAACCCCAAAAAUCGCAAGAGCAAUCGCGCGAAAAAACGAAUGUUUUCAGUCUUAAAGUAGGAGGCAUCGCGCUCAGUCGAAGCAAUCGCGCGCAAUAGUCAAAACCACAUAGAUUAAGUCCACAGAUCAAGGAUACAAAUCAAGGAUUCGGCUUGAGGUUAUUCUUCAACGAUGAUUAAGUCCAUUAAGCAUCGAUUUAGGCGGAAUACUUUUGGAUCCAUUUUUUGUAGAUUCCAAAGGGGUACCACAUAGAUUUCGAGGUGAUUUUUCUGAAAUGUCAUUUUCCUUCCAUUUUAAAGGCUAAAGAUUACUGUUGGGUAUGUGACUCGGAUCCCGCUGCGCCAGAGAAACACUGAGAGCGCCCAAGUCAAGGAGCGCGACCAGGAAAACACACCGGCAAGCGCAUUUCACCAAGAGUGCCACGCAUCUCAGCACCGAACGACGACGUCCAAGCGCACCGCUGACCAAGCCAGCAAGUGUGGAAAACGAUGCCGCGUCUCGUUUAUCGAGUAGUCACAUCAUAGUCCUAGCCCUAGUCCUAGGUAUAAUAAAAGGCUAGAUGUACUUGUCCUAGGUAGGAGCAUGGCCUAGUCUUCUGACAUGUCAGUGGUCAUGUCACCAUGUCCCUCACCCACCACCAUGUAGGCCUGUCUAUUCGGUUUCGGGUUUUUGGUUUAACCCGAACCCGAACCAAUAUAAACAGAGUUGGUUUCGGUUUUUUUGGGUUCAACCCGAUACACACAGCAGCGGUUUCGGUUUACCAAAACCCGCAAAACCGAAAACCCGCAAAACCCGAUAGCAUCGCACGCUGUCGUCAUUCAACCCUACCCUAGCCUUCAGCCAUUCCGUCGCCGUCUCUUCGAUUUUGGAAAAUGAAACAGAGGACAGAGCCUCCUCGGCCCUCGCUUCAGCCCUUCACCUCGUGCCGUCGCCGCCAUCAUCGUCCUCGCCGCGCCGCCACCAUCACUUCAGCCCUUCACCUCGUGCCGUCGCCGCCAUCAUCGUCCUCGCCGCGGCGCCAUCAUCGUUCACCACCAUCAAGUAUCAACUUCGCUCUUCGCCUCUGGGUUCGAAGCUUCUGUUCCUCCAACUGCAGGCACCGGCGGCCGCACAGCAUACACUCCUACGACCAACCAAAGACGAAAACCAAUUUCAGAAACAGGGGGAUUGCGACAAAAUAGACUUCAAAGGUUAACUCCAGACCUUCAAUUCGAUUGAUAUCAGAAGGAUUGAUCGGCGCGGCAAGCAUCCUAACGCAGACUUGGCUUGAUGGUGGGAUUGAUCAAUUUGUGGUGGUGGUGGGUGGUGGAUGAUAUUAUUCCAGAGAUGGGUUUGAUCUAUCUCCUCCAAUCUCCUGAUGUAUCGUGGAAAAGGGGCGGUUUACUUGGGACUCUUUGAUGUCAACAACACACUGGGUUCACGGGGAUUAAAGCAUCGUUGCCAUGUUCUUCAAUCAGUCUGCCUCUACACCAGUAUGUGUGUGUACCUUACCUGCCAACAGAAAGCAAAAUCAGAAUGCAAAACAAAGGGAAAGUUGUGAUCUAAAGUUGAAGAACAAAGAUGAAUCAGAAUGCAAAACAAAGGGAAAGUUCUUCAAUCGUCAACCUCAGACUCUGCAUGCGCCAAACAAGAUAAGAAACCUCCCGUACCUUAGGUUGACGAUUCCAACAGCUGAAAUUCUUCACCUCCGACGGCUCGCCUCCGCGUUCGUUUGAUAAAACUGGAGAACGAUUGACGAAAUUGAAAGAAGGGCUUCGAUUAUUGACGAACAAGAGAAAGGAAGGAAGAAAAAGGGGGAGAGACGAAAAGGACAAGGCAAAGAAGAAAGGAAAACCUCGAAGAAAAGCCAACCGAAAAGGAGAAGAGGAAAAGGAAAAGAAACCCAGAAACCACCAGUGAUUUUUUCGGGUUUCUGAACCCGCAACCCGCAAAACACAAAUUCAGUUUCGGUUUUGGGUUUAUGGGAGCCGGUUUCGGGUUUCGGUUUUUUGCGGUUUUCGGGUUCGGUUACCCGACCCGACCCGAACCGACAGGCCUACCAGCAUGUAGCCUAUAAAUAGAGCAUUUACUCCGGUGGGUGAGGGGAUCGGAUUUUUCUGGCUCUAUCUCUAAAAUUAUCAACUUCUCUCUCUAAAGAUUUUCCCUCUCAACACUAAUCAUAAUUUCUUCAGUUCUUCCAUCGACAGUUAUUCUCCCAUUGUUUGCUCUCCUUGACCUAUUUUCCCGAGUCUCACUCCUACACCCAGUUAGGCUCAAACAGAUUUGUCCUGAGAUUAUAAUUCGGCGAUAAUUAAUUCCAUUAAGCUCCGGUUUGGGUGAAUUUCUUCCGAGUUAAUUUUUGGCAUAUUCCAAAAUGGUACAAUCACAAAUUUAGGUCUAUUCUUAUGGAGGCUAUUCUCUAUCGAUAAUGAAGUCUAUUGAUCCGAUUAUCCACCGAUGAUUGAAUCCAUUAAGUAUCGAUUUGGGUGAAUUUAUUUUCGUAUGGCAUUUCUUCAACGAUGAUUAAGUCCAUUAAGCACUGACUCGACUCUACUGUCACCCUAGGAAUUGGCCAAGUGAAACCACUUCCUAAAACGUAGUAUAGCGGGUUUGGGUUUAAAUGUCAACCCGGGUCCUAGAUCUGAUGACUACUUAGUGAAUUCUUGUUAUCUAGCAAUGAAACUGGAAUGCAAGUCUAAACUAACAAACUAACAAAGCAAGUAAACGGUUGUAUUCAGGUUAAGAGAGGUCACCUGGAUAUGGUUCCCCCUAGACUGCAGUUAAGCCGGAUUGUAAUUACCAAGUUCAGUUUCUAUGAAAGUUAUACUGCGGAAGGUUCUUAAACAGCCUGAAGUCUCGACUAAAGGUCUUCAGACCCUCUCAAUCUGAAUCUCUAGCGGGCGACUAACCUCCACCGGAGUAGACAGAUUGAGGCCCUAAGAACAAAACCUCCACUACCGGAGUAAAUCCGGUACAGAAUAGUGAGUUGGCUCCUCGACUAAAGUCACCAACUCCCUAUUUUCAAUCAAAGAUGCUCUAUCAACCUAGGCAGAUAUUCUCAUUCUAGGUUAAAGCAGAAACAACAGGAAUUUGAUCAGGAUUCAAGUCAUUCAAUCAUUAAAACCUCAAUCGAAUAUAAUCAAUCAUAGAAU